UUAGGAAGUUAUUUAGAUUUUUGAAGUUGACCACCUGUAGCCUAAAAAGUAGAGCAGCGAUAUUCUUUGAUUUGCUCUUAGGAUUUCUUAUAGGGAAAAGUAAAUUUUCUCGAUUUGUUGUUAAAAUCUUUUGAACGUGCAGAAAUUUAAAAGGACAAAAGUAACUUCUAAAGGGUUUAAUUAAUUAAAUUAAAUUAAUUAAUUUUGUGUUUUGUUCUGGCAAAUAAUUGAUAUAAUAAUUUGUUCCGCUUCCAGGGCCGUGACCAGAAAUAUCAUAGAGAACCGAUCAUGCUGGAUGAAGCGGUGCCAGAGGAUCCUCUGAAACCCACUGAACGGACGCUCCGGCUACUUAUCGGAAAGCUGAAACUGCUUCCGCUGGUCGAGAGCUGCGAAAAGGUAUGGCCUUCCCGUCUGGACUUCGAAGCCAUCCUGCCCAGCUAUCAGGAGAAUCUUCUGGAGCUGCGUUCGCUACUGCUACCGGAAAUGGUUGAUGAUGACGAUAACGAAGUCGAGAAGCUGUUCGAACUUGCCGGGGAUAUCGGGUGCCGGGCCAAGAGUCUACGGGAGCUUCAAAUUUCCAUAAUCAUGAGCUGUUUCGAAUCAACGGCAUUUGUGCUGUCCGAUGAAUUGGGCCAAAUGCAGCAAGACCUUCGGCAACGUUACGUUUGGGAUAAGGUGCUUCUGAAACCGGCUGGUGACGGUCAGAAUAUUCUCAAACAGCUUAUUGCUACCUAUAAGGCGAAUUUACUUCGAGAAGAUUGGUUCUAUUAUUAUGGAGAUUUGUCCGGGUUUUGUCAGUUUGUGUGGGAUCUGAUGGAACUCGGGGAUAAGAGUUUUAUCGAUCGCGAUACGAUUGAGUUGGUCCAACAGAUUUGUUUAAAAAUGAUAGACUCGGAAACGAUUCAGUUAGCUUUGAAAGGCAUUUCUUUGCUUGAGGAAUGUAUCUAUAAAACUCGAGAAAAAGGGUUUAUUAAUUAUGAGAAAGUGUACGAGCGAUUGUUCGAUCAAACUUGGCGCAUUUUCGAAACAGAUGAAAGGGAUCAGCAAUUUUCCAUCAUACUUAUGUCAGCUUUACUUGAAUGCGUCAAAGUUCUAGAAGUGGAUCGUAACCAACUGAUGUCAACUAUCCAGAAUUUCGGUACCUGGAGCAAGGCCGAUUCUUUGAUGAAUCUGCUCGUGGGUGCUGUCGAGAGAUCGAAGGAUCCAAAAAAUUCGCUAGCUCUGUUCGACCAUAUAGUUCUUCUUUUGAACAUCGGUCAUUCAACGUUUAAAAUUAUUCCCUUUAAAACAACAAAAGAAGAUAAAACGACUGAUUCAAAUCCUUACAUAGAAAGCAACGGUUCCGAAAAAGCUUGUAACCAGCUCGUUAUCUAUGAUAGUGGGAAUGUUUUAAGUUUUUCCAACAAAAAUUGGUGGGAAACCAUCAUGAAACUGAACCAUAAUCGCUUCCACCGUUGGACUGUCCGACUUUUGGAAACUAUAAUAGCCCAAGUUGAACGGUUUGACUUUCCCAAUCCGUUGUUUCAUCAAUAUUUGUGUGGUAUUCUGUUCUCGAUCAUAGACUGUCCGGGAUUGAACUUCAAAGGUGGUUCGGAGCAGUGCUUCGAUACGGUCGUCCAACUAAUGAUGAGCUUUUUGGAAAAGCUGGCUUCUUAUUUGGAUAGAUUGUUGCUGAAAAAAGAUAUCCAAAAGGCAGAUGAUGAAUCUGUUGACGAUCAUCAACAGUCGGUACAGAGAUGUGUAGAAUUUUUCGAAGCUGCCUUUGCCCUGGUGAAACAUUUUAUCGGUAACAUUAUCGAAUCAAAUCCGGAGCUGAUAGAAGCUAUGCAGAAAGGUGGAAGUAUGUCGACACAUUUCCAAGAAACUGAUUUUCUGAAACAGUUUCAAUUGCUCAUUGAGCAAUCCAAAGCUCCAACCGAAAAGCAGUUGGAGAAAGGUUUGUGAACAAACUAGUUGGAUUUGUCAAAAGAUUAUUUUUUUAAUUUAUUUGAUCUUGAAGAGCCACUUUUCAAGUUGUUAAUUUUACAACUUGUUUUUCUUUCUAGUUUAGGUAAGUACCUCUAUAAAUUAACACUCAUCGAUAAUUUUUGCUUUUGAUAUUCCUUCAAGAAUGUAUUUUAAAGAGUUACCGAAUUCCCGAAGUCAUGAGUUUUAAGUAAUACUGACAUUUGCGUUUUGCUAUGUUAAAACAAUACCUACUGUUAUAUACGGAUAUUAUCUAAUAAUUUGCGCCGGAGAUUUUCCCCAAAUUUUUAAUUUGGUUC